AGGGUAACCCGGUGAAACAAAAUAACAUACGCAACCGACUGACCUGAACAAGGUGCGUAGGAUACAAUUCUACGAAUAUAUGUCAGGUAUCUCAUGCAAUGACCUACAAAGAAGAUCAGAGAUCACUUCAUGAGUAAGGAGCUUUUGGGCAAAUCACUAUCCAUACAAGGCCAUCCAAACAUUGACCUGCUUGCACAUUGCAUUACUUGACAUUGGCUCUUUGGUUUCUCAACCCUUGAAAUAGAAACAGAGUUUCCAGCCACCCAUCUUUCCAUGCUACAGGCAUCCCCCCACCACAGAUCCUCACAUGGAGAGAGCAAGGUCCUGCUGACCAUCGCUGAUUAGCAGUGUCAUUAUCUUCAAAACCACCCAGGUUUCCCUUACUUCGCCAUCUCUGGUUGAGGUUCUAUCCGUUGGGAAGAUGAUGGUCAACGAGAUCUCGGACUUGGCUUCUCCUUCAUCCCUUGGGGUUGUUACAGCCACAUGCGUGUCCAAGGUGGAGCUCCGUGUGUGUUGCAAGAACUUGCUGGACAGAGACACGCUCAACAAGUCCGACCCAUGCGUGGUUCUUCUGAUGCAAUCCCAAGGCCAAUGGAUGGAGGUGGAUAGGACGGAAGUAAUUAAGAGCAACCUGAACCCGGUCUUCUCCAAAGUUUUCACUGUGGACUAUUACUUUGAGGAAGUCCAGAAGCUGCGCUUUGAGGUGUAUGACAUCCACGGUCACUGCAGUAUUGGCACCAGGGAUGAUGACUUCCUAGGAGGGGUGGAGAUCACGCUGGGGCAGAUUGUGGCACAGAAGAGAAUCACCAAAGGCCUGUUUUUGAAAUAUGGAAAAUAUGCUGGAAAAUCCACAAUCACAGUGAUUUCGGAAGAGAUUUCCGGGAACAAUGGAUACGUGGAACUUUCAUUCAGCGCCCGGAAACUGGAUGACAAGGAUCUCUUCAGCAAAUCAGAUCCAUUCCUGGAAAUCUACCGCAUUAAUGACGAUCAAAGCGAGCAGCUGGUCUACAGAACGGAGGUUGUCAAGAACAAUCUAAAUCCAGUGUGGGAGCCCUUCAAGGUUUCUCUGAGUUCUCUCUGCUGCUGUGAAGAAAAGAGAAAGCUCCGGUGCUUAGUUUGGGAUUAUGACUCCCGUGGGAAACAUGACUUUAUCGGAGAGUUUUAUGCAACCUUUGAAGAGAUGCAGAAAGGAAUCGGUGGAAACAAGGUGCAAUGGGAUUGUGUGAACCCCAAGUACAAAAUAAAAAAGAGGAAUUACAAGAACUCUGGAGUCGUGAUACUCACAGACCUGAAGAUCCACAGAGUUUAUUCCUUCCUUGACUACAUUAUGGGCGGCUGCCAGAUCCACUUCACAGUGGCCAUAGACUUCACAGCCUCUAACGGAGAUCCCCGAAAUAGCUGUUCUCUACACUACAUUAACCCAUACCAGCCCAACGAAUAUCUGAAGGCGUUAGUAGCCGUGGGGGAGAUCUGCCAAGACUAUGACAGUGAUAAGAGAUUCUCCGCCCUGGGAUUUGGUGCACGGAUACCACCAAAGUACGAGGUUUCUCAUGAUUUUGCGAUUAACUUCAAUCCCGAUGAUGAUGAAUGUGAAGGUAUUCAAGGAAUAGUGGAUUCUUACCAAAACUGCCUACCCAAGAUUCAACUGUACGGACCCACAAACGUGGCACCUAUAAUUUCAAAGGUGGCACGACUGGCAGCUGAGGAAGAAAGGACCAAAGAGGCUUCGAAAUAUUAUAUUCUCCUGAUUCUCACGGAUGGCGUGGUCACAGACAUGGCUGAUACACGGGAAGCUAUAGUGCGUGCGUCCUACCUGCCCAUGUCCAUCAUCAUUGUUGGUGUUGGCAAUGCCGAUUUUACAGACAUGCAAAUUCUGGAUGGAGAUGAUGGGGUCCUCCGAGCACCCAAAGGCGAGCCUGUGCUCCGCGAUAUUGUACAGUUUGUUCCUUUCAGGGAAUUCAAGAAUGCUUCUCCCGCUGCCUUAGCUAAGUGUGUCCUUGCUGAGGUCCCCAAACAGGUGGUGGAAUAUUAUAGCUACAAAGCUUUUCCUCCUCGAUGUCCGAAAGUGGAUUCCCCAGACUCUGCCCUCGAUUCCCCUCAAUGAGUCUUGCUCUACUGUUCCCGCAGCCACCUCCUAUACGCCUCAUUGACUAUUCCACCCAUGCUGUCAGAGAACAGAAUAUAUUCAGCUCACCAUCCUCAGCAAUCAAUGUCCUACACCAUCUCAUGCUGGACAUGUCAGCUUCUGAAGGCCAAUCCGGACUUGCGUAUCGCAGCUAAUAAUUAGACCCCAGAGCCCUGUCACCUCCAGGACUGAUGGGUCAGCAUGGAAGACGCCUUACAAUGAACACAACAUUGCCUUGUGGUGAAUGUGAAGCAUGCACCUGAAGUCGAGUACACUGUUGGCCUUGUGUUUACGGUUAUCGGCCUGCUGGCACCCUGAUUAUUUUGAUUGGAACGGUUUCUGGGAGUCAGAAUGUAAACCAACAGGUCUACCAGACUAAAUCGACAAGGCCACCAGGACACUGAAGCUUUCUAUGUAACUUCCAUUACUGUCACCUACAUGCUUCGUGGAGCAUGAAGACCUAGCGGGUCUAUGGAUGCACAAGACUUUUCAGGACUCCGUCAGGGUUUGGUGGUGGCAACGCAUCUUCAAAAUAGCUUCUCCAUAAUAUGUCUCAGACAGCUAAGGAAAUAAUCUUGCCUAGCUUAGUAGCUAUUUUCUUUCUGCCAGCCUGAGCCCUUUGUGAUAGUAUAUCUACAUGUCAUUCCCUCACCAGGAGCACCAUCAAUGGCCGGGGCUCUCUUAUUCUAAAUGUUUUGGGAUCUCGGCUCCUGCUGGUUCCUUCCUUUCCACUUAUGGCCCCUGGGAGUAGGGGUCCCCGGGGUGCUGCAAGGCUGGUGUUAUAGUUUGGAGACCUAUUCAUCCACCGGCACAGAUCUUACUUCUCCUACUUACCAGUGUCUUGCAAAAUGCAGGCCAAGGUGGCUUCUGAUGGUUUAAUACCCCACUUAAUGAAA